AUGGAAGAGUUCCGCAAGCUGGACCAGGAGAAGAACCGGCUGGAAGCAGAGAUCAAGACUCUGUAUGAGUACCUCACAGAAGAUGGUAUGCCGGGAGUAUCGGGACCGCUUGUGGACGACGAAGGUUUUCCUAGGGGAGACAUUGACCUCUACGCUGUUCGGCAGGCUCGAAACAAGUAUGUUUGUGCACAGACUGACCAUAUGGAGGUCAUGAAGAAGAUUGAGCAGGCCAUUACCGCCCUCCACGCCGGCACGAAGGUGCACGUCCCGCGAGCAGCGCCUGCGACGGCAACAGAAGUCCCAGAAGACGAGCCUAUGCCGGAGAGCCAGAAUGUGGUCCUUCAGGUCAAGAUGGCUGCUCCUUUCGCCGAGAUCGACGAGGUCAGCGAAGGAUCCCCUGCUCAGGCUGCGGGCCUACAAGUCGGGGAUUUGAUUUGUCGCUUCGGCCAGGUCAACCUUCAGGACACAGGGGACUUGAAUGCAUGCUUCAAUGCCAUCAGAGACUUGGUUCCCCGCAGCGCCGGAACGGCCAUUCCGGUCACCGUCAUUCGGGGCGAGUCGCGUCAUGAACUGCAGCUGACGCCACAGCAAUGGGCCGGCCGAGGACUACUUGGAUGCCACAUGAACCCAAAGCCAUGA